AUGCAGCUGGGUGUCCGCAUAGAGGCGCUAGUGGUGGCUCCUCGGCUCGGUGCGAAGAGCGAUGCACGUCGAUGGGUAGUGUCGUGCCUGUCUGCUGCCCUCUUGGCCAUCGCGAUCGUCGCCCUGGCCUCUUCAAGAAGCGAUGACGCGCUCCCUCAGCAGCUUCUGCAGAGCACCUACACCUAUCCCUCAUACCCAGCCAUGCAGACGACCUAUAGCCCGACCUAUAGCCCGACCUAUGCGCCGUCGCCAUACAGUUACAGCUACACAUCUUAUGCUGCUCCCUAUGCUUCUUACGGAUACCCUUACGUCAACCCAAGCCCAGCCCCCAGCACGGGCUAUGUUGCCGCUCCAUAUGCAGAUGCAUCGAAACCUGCGCAGCCUUGGAGCGAGGAGAGGAUGGGGUUCGAAGUUGGUCGGCUCAUGCGCAUAUCCAAGCUCAACACAUUGGCAGAGAGGAAGAUCGCAUCUGCCGUGUCCUCGCUAGCUGACCAAGUCGCCGGGGUGGAGAACGAGCUCAAGUUCGUCCAGACUCAUCAGGGUGAAGACGUAGGGAUCGCUGGCCUGCCGGGUCCCCCGGGUCCCCCUGGCCCUCCUGGCCCUGAAGGCAUGAGAGGUGAGAAAGGAGAUCCAGGCUUUCCGGGUGCGCCUGGAGUACCGUCGUUUGUUGGGUACCAGUAUCAAUACCCUUUGAGCUAUUCCCCCUACGCCGUCGCCCCUGUUAGCAGGAGCCCUUACGUGGCCGAACGGUAUGAGCAAGGUCCUGAAGCGUCUGCUCCCACUGUGGAACCAAGCUACAAGCCUGCUCUUGUCGAGAGGGAGCAAGAGGGUGUGAGUCAGAUGAUGAAGUCGAAGGAGGUUGCAGCGCACAGAGUCAACUUGCAGCAGCAGGUCAAGGCGCAGACCCUCCGGCAGAAAGCCUUGGAGAGGGUCUCCCUGAAAGCGAAGCAGCGCAACUCAUCCCAGCCUUCCAUCUACAUGGUGAAGGUGCCGGCGAACUUGAAAGCAGGGCAGAAUUUCGAGUUUGACGUCCCUGGCCAUGGCCUUGAGAGCGUUGUGCUACCUGUUGGAACUGCAGGAGGUCAGACGAUAGAAGUACAGAUUCCUGCAGCUCGAGGUCAGGAGAAAUCCAAGAACAGGCGGCGGCGGCGGCAGCAGCAGCAGCAGCAGCAGAAGGAAAGGACGGACUUAAAGAGAAAAGUCACAGUCCCGAAGGCUCAACCUGAUUCCUCCGCUCAAGCACCGUCCCGUGAGUUCGACCAACUGAACAGCAAGAUCGUACAACAGGAAAUCCAGAAGCUGGAGAAUCUGUUUCACCCCCCCCCCCCAGUCCCCCCUCGGAUGAUGACGAAAGAUGCCAUUGUUGGCGCAAAGGAUGCAGUUGUGCAGGCGCAGAAGCUGCUCCGCAUGCAGCAGGAGGAGCAGGCGCGUCGCAGCUCCAACGACUUGCCGAGGAUGCCGCGGCUGAAGAUGUCGUUCAGGAGGUAG